UUUAUGAAACAUUUUUCUAAAAUCAAUGUGAAACAAAUAUCAUAAGUAACAAGUGUUUUAUCCAAACGAAGUGUGUGACAUUUUGCUUCACCUUAUCCAACCCUGUGAGUGUCAAAAACCCUGCAAACUCAUCACCACGCCAACUCCCCAACCCCGUCAUCUAUGGUGUCAAAACCGAUACAAAAAUCCACGAAUCAAUCAUAUUAAUGUUCACAACCCACUUUCUACCACCACCGUUUCCCAUCACAAUUCAUUUACACCUGCCAACAACAAUGGAACUCUCUUCCUCCUUUUCACUCUCCCCAAAACCAUGCCCAACCCCACCAACUAACUUCUCAUUCUCAUCCUCAUUGUCUCCCUUCCCUAUCCAAAUUUUAAUAAAAAACUCCAAAUCCCAAAACCCUAAAAAUCGCGUUUUCGCAGUUACCAUAGAUCCAACAAAAGACCUCCCUAAAAACAAUCCUCAACGACUUCUAAAAGAACUCGCAGAACGCAAAAAACUCACUUCUCCAAAAUCAAAAGGACCUCCAAGAAGGUACAUCUUAAAACCACCACUAGACGAUAAAAAAUUAGCAGAAAGGUUUCUCAAUAGCCCUCAACUAUCUCUCAAAUCGUUCCCUCUGUUGAGUUCUUGUUUACCUUCGUCGCGUCUCAACAAUGCGGAUAAAAUUUGGAUUGAAGAGUAUUUACUCGAAGCGAAACAAGCUCUAGGGUACUCACUUGAACCUUCAGAGACACUAGAGGAUGAUAAUCCUGCAAAACAAUUCGACACUCUGUUGUAUUUAGCGUUUCAGCAUCCUUCUUGUGAGAGAUCGAAAACGAAACACGUGAAGUCUGGGCAUUCGAGGUUGUGUUUUUUGGGGCAGUUUGUGCUUGAAUUGGCAUUGGGUGAAUUCUUCUUGCAGAGGUAUCCAAGGGAAUCGCCGGGUCCAAUGAGGGAGAGAGUGUUUGGAUUGAUAGGGAAGGAGAAUUUGCCUAAGUGGAUUAAAGCUGCUAGUUUGCAGAAUUUGAUAUUUCCUUAUGAUAAUAUGGAUAAGAUUGUGAGGAAGGACAGAGAAGGACCUGUUAAGUCGGUAUUUUGGGCUUUGUUUGGAGCAAUCUAUCUUUGUUUUGGUCUUCCAGAAGUCUACCGCGUACUUUUUGAAGUCUUUGGAAUGGAUCCAGACGCUGAGAAUUGCCAGCCCAAGUUGCGCAGACAACUUGAAGACGUCGAUUAUGUAUCUGCUGAGUUUGAAAGCAAGCUAAACUGGCAAGAUAUAGUAGCUUAUAAGCCUCCUGCAGAUGCUCUGUUUGCUCAUCCAAGGCUGUUUAGAGCUUGUGUUCCCCCUGGCAUGCAUCGGUUCAGAGGAAAUAUAUGGGAUUAUGAUAGCAGACCCCAAGUUUUGAGAACACUUGGAUAUCCAUUAGAAAUGACAGACAGAAUUCCAGAAAUUACUGAAGCCAGGAACGUAGAGCUUGGGCUUGGAUUGCAGCUUUGUUUCCUGCAUCCAUCCAAGUACAAAUUUGAGCAUCCUCGAUUUUGCUUUGAGAGAUUAGAAUAUGUUGGCCAAAAGAUACAGGAUUUGGUGAUGGCUGAAAGAUUGUUGAUGAAGCAUUUAGAUGCUCCUGGGUUGUGGCUACAAGAGAAACAUCGUCGCACUCUUAUGAACAAACACUGUGGAAGAUAUUUGAGGGCCAAACAUCUCCACGGCUUUAUUAUAUAUGAUGAUAAGGUUCAAGACGCCUAUGAGCGCAACCGGAGACGUAGAAAUCCAGCCACAACAGCUGUUAAUCAAGCUAUUCACGGGCUCUCAUAUCUUGUUUAUGGAAAACGUGACGUGAGACGACUGAUGUUUGAGUUUUUUGACUUUGAGCAGAUUCAGCCUAAAGAGGUCUAAAUAUGAGACAAUUAUGACAUCGCAAUAGAAGUACUUUCAGUUUGUUUUUCAACUUUUUUUCUUCUUUUACAUAUCAUGAUUUGAUCCACCUAGUUUUAGGUUAUAUACAAAUUCUUCUUUGGAAGUUGCUCUUGUAUAUAUUGAUUGUAUUUUAUAUUUUGGUAUUGGGUGCCUUAGAAGAUACGUAUGUGACUUGUUCGAUUUGACUUAAAUCAUGGAGCAAAACAUUGAUGACUUAAGAUUUUAA